AUGCCGGGGCCCCCGCCGCCGCCGCUGUUGCUGCUCCUGCUCCUGGCCGUGGGCCUCGCCGGGGCCGCGCCACUUCCGCAAACAGGUGCAGGGGAGGCACCUGUUGCAGAAAUUUCCACGUCUUUUGUGAUCCUCUCUGUGGGCAGUUUAAUGAUAUUAAUAGUGUUAAUUGCAAACUGUGUAUCCUGCUGUAAGGACCCAGAAAUAGACUUUAAGGAAUUUGAAGAUAAUUUUGACGAUGAGAUCGAUUUUACACCACCAGCAGAAGACACUCCCUCUGUCCAGUCUCCAGCAGAAGUUUUCACACUUUCAGUACCAACGGUCUCACUACCAGCUCCAUCACAGUUCCAGCCUUCUGUAGAAGGUUUGAAGUCCCAAGUUGCCCGCCACAGUCUGAACUAUAUACAGGAAAUUGGGAAUGGCUGGUUUGGAAAGGUGCUCCUUGGAGAGAUCUACACAGGCACUAGCGUAGCAAGAGUGAUUGUGAAGGAGUUAAAAGCAAGUGCAAGCCCAAAGGAACAAGACACUUUUUUGAAAAAUGGAGAACCAUACUAUACCCUUCAGCAUCCAAAUGUCCUCCAGUGUGUCGGACAAUGUGUGGAAGCAAUCCCCUAUCUUCUGGUGUUCGAGUUCUGUGACCUGGGCGACCUGAAGGCUUACCUGCGCGGCGGCGAGCCGGAGCCGGCGCGGGGGGACGCACAGACGCUGCUGCUGCAGAGGCUGGCGUGCGAGAUCGCGGCGGGGCUGGCGGCCAUGCACAGGCGGCACUUCCUGCACAGUGACUUAGCCCUGCGAAACUGCUUUCUUACCUCGGACUUAAAUGUGAAAGUGGGUGAUUAUGGAAUAGGAUUCAGCAGGUACAAGGAGGAUUAUAUUGAGACGGAUGAUAAAAAGCUUUUCCCUCUUCGGUGGACUGCUCCAGAGUUAGUAACCAGCUUUCAAGACAGACUGCUAACUGCAGAACAAACCAAAUAUAGUAAUAUCUGGUCCCUGGGUGUGACGCUAUGGGAGCUCUUUGAGAAUGCUGCUCAGCCUUAUUCCAGCCUCUCCAACUUAGAUGUGCUCAACCAGGUCAUUCGAGAGAGAGACACAAAACUCCCAAAGCCCCAGCUGGAGCAGCCCUACUCCGACAGAUGGUAUGAAGUCUUGCAGUUCUGCUGGCUGUCACCAGACAAGCGGCCAGCAGCGGAGGACGUGCACAGGCUGCUCACCUACCUGCGGAUGCAGAGCCAGAGGGACCCGGAAGUGGACUUUGAGCAGCAGUGGAAUGCACUCAAGCCCAAUGCAAACAGCAGAGAUGCUGCAAGUAACGCUGCCUUCCCCAUCCUCGACCACUUCACCAGGGACCGGCUUGGCCGAGAGAUGGAGGAGGUCCUCACCGUGACCGAGACCAGCCAAGGCCUGAGCUUCGAGUACGUCUGGGAGGCUGCCAAGCAUGACCAUUUCGACGAGCGCAGCCGAGGCCCCCCGGAUGAAGCCUUGUCCUACACCAGCAUCUUCUUUCCCACGGAAGCGUUCGAGAGCUCGCUUUCAGACCCCGGUCCUGGCAAGCAGAAUGAUGGUGGCCAGGACGUCCCCCUGCGGGCCCCUGGGGUGGUGCCCGUUUUCGAUGCCCACAACCUUUCUGUUGGAAGCGACUACUACAUCCAGUUAGAAGAAAAAAGCCGUAGCAACUUGGACCUAGAUUACCCGCCCACUCUGCUCACGACAGAGAUGGAUAAUCCUGAGAGGCUCGGGGACAGCGCGUCCCAGUGUCCGACGCUCAGGAGCCUGGAGCUUGAGGAGUCCAGUACAGAGGAGGAUUUCUUCCAGAACAGUGCAGACCCCAAAGAGGCCAGCAGACCCGAGGAGGCCCACAGCACCAAGGGCCCCGAGAGCCCUUUCAACAGUUUAUUUAAUGACCUUGACAAGUCAGAGGCUCUGCCCAGUCACCAAAAAAUAUUUGACUUGAUGGAACUAAAUGGAGUCCAGGCUGACUUUAAGCCGCCCACCCUGAGUUCAAAUUUGGAUGACCCCAAAGAGUCAGUAAUUGCGCGCCACUUGGAGAAGGAACAGCCCCAUAAGCUUUUUGACUGCGAGCCUCUUUACUCCACAGACAAGCUCGUACACCAAGAUGGUUUUGAUCAGCUGGACAUUGAAGAGUUGUCAGAAAAUUUUUUGUUUCUUCAAGAGAAGAACUUACUGAAAGACUCCUUGUCCAGCAAAGAGCAUGUAAAUGAUCUGCAGACAGAACUCAGAAAUGCUGGCUUUCCUGAAUACAUGUUAGAAACUCCCAGUAGAAAGUCUGUAAAGGCUGAGCCUAAGUUUGCUGAAAGUAAACCAGACUCUUCGCUGCAGGAGAGCGUCAGCGUGCAGGGCAGGGAGUCAGGCGCAGUGCCCAAGGGUGGCUCUGGGGUGGCAGCCUCACCGCGCUCCCCACAGCCGCAGGUUCCUCCUACCUCGCUUGAAACCCAGGGGCCGCCUCACGAAGUGCCCCCGGGUGUAGCCCUGAAGCAGGGCGAAGACAGGCCCACGUGUCCAGAGGGCGGUGUCCGUGAAGACGGCGCCUGCCGAGAGGUAAACGCGGACUCCACGCCCGCCCCACCGGACACCCCCGCCCCCACCGGCGACGGGUCCCCGGCCCUGACUCAGCAGGGGGAGGGGGCCGUGAGCCUGACCCAAAGCGACCCCAGCCUGGUCCAGGACACCUCCGCCAGCAAGGUGAGUAUAGGGAACGGCCUUCCGGAAUUGAGGCAGAACUUAAAAAACCAGCUGCCUUUGGAAGACCACGGCCCUCGAGGCCUGCGGGAGAGAGCCCGGGAGGCUGCGGAGGUGCUGGGGCAACUGGGUCGUAAAGAGGCUGCUGCAGAGGAGGGCGGCUUGGUGUCCGCCCUCUCCUCAGACUCGGCCAGUCAGGACAGCCUCCUGGAGGACAGCUUGUCGGCGCCCAUCCCCACCUCCGAGCCGUCCGCAGAGACCCCGGACUCCCUGGAUUCGGUGGACGUCCACGAGGCUUUACUGGGCUCCUUAGGUCCUCACACGCCACAGAAACUCCUGACCCCCGACAAGCCAGCGGACAGUGGCUACGAGACAGAGAACCUGGAGUCGCCUGAGUGGACGCUGCACGUGGCCCCUGAGGGCGCCGCGGCGCCUGACACGGCCUCAGCGCGUGAGGGCACUCCCGACAGGCUGCCUCCCAAGCCCAUCAUCGUCAUCUCAGACGCCGCUGACGGCCACAGAGGUGCGGAGGCGACCUCACAGACUGCCGCGCCUGCGUCCCAGGGCUCCCACCGAGACUCCGCGUACUUCUCGGACAACGACUCUGAGCCCGACAGGAGGUCGGAGGGGGCCCUGGGCACCUCGGUGUUGGCCCUAGGAGCCGACCAGCCCCUGCCCGAGAGUGUCCUGCCGCAGAGUCCUGGCCCCCUGGCCAGCUGCCUGGACGCCAGCAGCAGCCCGCCUGACCCCAGCUGUCCUCCUGCUCUGCAGAACUCCCGUCACCUGGAAUCCAGAGAACCUACAGAACCAGCUCCCACACACAUACUUCCCCCCGACGACGAGGCUGGCAGCCCCUCGAGUCUGCAGAACUCAGAGCUCAGCAGCGGGGAUGACCUUGAGGCCCCCGAGGAUCCCCCCUGCAUGCUGACUUCCACUGGCACCAACACUGAUGAACUCCUGGCGUUGACCCACGCCCCUCUCCGCUGCGGCGGCCCUGCGGCCCCGACAGACGAGAAGGCCUUGUGUGGCCACUCUGAGGGCCCCAAGCUGAAGGAGCCGGACGUGGAGGGAAAGUACCUGGGGAAGCUCGGCGUGUCGGGGAUGCUGGACCUCGCCGAGGAUGGGAUGGAUGCCGAUGAGGAGGACGAGAACAGCGAAGACUCGGACGAGGACCUGCGGGCCUUCACCCUGCACAGCCUGAGCUCCGAGUCUGAGGACGAGGCCGAGCACCCGGUGCCCGUCGUCCUCAGCCGCGAGGACGGCCGCUGCCUGCGGAGCCUGCUGAAGCCCGUGGACCCACCGCCUGGCUGGAGGAGGGAGAGGAAGGCGGUGACGUUUUUCGAUGACGUCACAGUCUAUCUCUUUGACCAGGAAACCCCGACCAAAGAGCUGGGCCACUGCGGGGGAGCCGCACGCAGCCCCGAGCUGAGCAGCCCUGCGCCGGCGGCGGGCUCCCCGCACCUGAGCCGGGGCCUGAACUCGGAGAGCUCCACCGACGAAGAAGGCGGAGGCUUCGAGUGGGACGACGACUUCUCCCCAGACCCUUUCCUGCCAAGGACGACGAGCCACCUCCUCAGCUCCAGGCCGGCCCUUCAGACCUCCAAGUACUUCUCCCCGCCGCCGCCCCGCAGCGCGGAGCCCAGCUGGCAGCACGCGGCCCCCUGCUCCAGGUUCUCCAUCACCCCCGCCAGCAUCGCCAGCUUCUCGCUCACGCACCUCACGGACUCGGACAUGGAGCAGGGAGGAAGCAGCGAAGACGGAGAGAAAGACUAG